CAAAUGAAUGUUUUUAUUUAGAGUUUAAAUUUUUUCGAAAAUCAACGGUUUUUCCAACGGAUUCUCCAAUCGUUAGGUUUUAAUACAAGACAUUUUGCCACCGUCGCCAAUGAGCUUCAUUCCAUUGAAGAUAGUGAAUAAAUGAUAUAAACAUACGAUAAUAAUCGCUCAGUUAAUUUCAGAAUAUAUCAAAAUUCAUCAAAAAUGGCAAGUACGUGCUGCUCAAUAAUUCUAUGGUUGCUUGGAGUUGGUUUCUUUAUUGCAAGUGUUGUUUUUGACUGGGGAAACUUUUAUGAAUUGCGCAAAAAUGACGAGGAAAUUAAAUCAACAGGGAUAGAAUCUUGUGACUUUGCCCUUGAUGAAUAUCACUGGAUUUUUAUGGCAUUUGUGAUAUGCAAAAUGAUUUCCGGUAUUUUUGAGUAUGUAUUUGGUGGACUUUCGCUGUGUGAAGAAAAUGAAGACAGUAAUGGAUACGAUACCGCUUCUUUGGUUUGCAACAUCUUUACUACAUUCUUCCAAGCUCUAGAUUUGCUUCUUCUUGUUCUGUUUUCAUACCAUUGCCUAAGCGAUGACGAAAUACACCAUGUUCGAGCGUUUAUCAGUGACGAAACAGAUGACUUUGUGGCGGGAGUUUCAGGAUCAGCUGGUUUGAUCUUCAAUCUGGUUAUAAAAAAGAAUACAGUUACUAUAUUCAAGGCGUUUAUUGAUAUCAUCUCUGUAUGUUGUGGAAAAGAAAAGCGGUACGGAGAAUCUUAUGGUAUACAAGAUCCGAGAACACACUAUAAAGUAUUAACAUGGAUAUCUGUGCUCUUAAUAUUUGUUUGCAUAGCGCUAGUAAUAGCACUAUCUAUGAAACUGUAAAUAAAUAUAGCUAAGUGUCACCACACAUAUAUUGUCAUCUUUGCAGUAUCAGUCUAUAUGUUUCCUGUAUUUAAAUGUACUUGACAUUACACAAACAUUUUUGAUAUAAUGUAAUAAGUCUGGCUAUUAAAACCUGUUAUUAUUUUGUAAAAUUUCGGCAAAUACAACAAUAAAUGUUUCUCUGCCUAAAAAAAGUACGUUUAGUAAAAUAUGUGUACCGUUAUCAACAUUUACAAAAACAAUAUUAAAGUCAGAUAUACACUAAAGUAUUGAUGUGUUUAACUUGAGUUUUAUAAAACCAAGAUCUAUUUUGUUAACAUGAACUUUACCUGUGACAACUUUGAAAGUACUGAAUUUUAAUAUUGUAUUCAAUCAAAUAUAAUUUGAUCACGUGUUCCUAAGCGUUUCGAUUUUUCGGCUUAAUGAAAAACAAAAAAAAACAUUAUAUUAGUCAAUAUUAUGACAUUGUAUUAUUUAAAUCGCUUACAUGAAUAUAUUAAAUACCGGUAGUAUUUGAUUACAAUCUAUGUAAACCGGUGCUUUUUACAAGUUAUAAAUUAUAUUUCCGAAACGUUUAAAUAAGAUUUCCAUUGCAUAUCGAUGAUAAUUAAUAUAGGAAUGUUUUAUUAACGGCUGUAAUAUAUUGAUGUAAAAUAAAGGAUCGAUUGUUAAAAGAAAAUAAAUUCACAAAAUGACUUUGGAGAUUUCCAGAACAACUUUUUGAUAUAUGUCGAAAUAAUUCUUUAGUUAAAACAUAAUUUAUUUAGAAUAUUUGUACAUGUGUAAAUAACAACAUAACAGUUAUUAAUAAUUAAUAAUAAUAAUUUUUUAUCUAAUUAGAAAUUUCUGCUGUUGUGAAUUUUUGAAUUUUUGCAUUAUUUCUAUUUCAAAAUAAAUA